AUGUCGGCGUCCACGGCGCAGUCCUCCGCCCUGCGGCUCAUGAGCGACCUCAAGACGAUGAAGCAGAGCCCGCCUGAAGGCGUCAGCGCGAGCCCGAUGUCGGAGGACAACCUCUUCGUGUGGGGGGGCACGGUCUUCGGUCCCGACGACACAGCUUGGGAGGGGGGCAUCUACUCGAUGCGGCUGACGUUCACCGAUCAGUACCCAGACAAGCCGCCGCGCGUGCGCUUCACGUCAGAGAUGUUCCAUCCAAACAUCUACCCCGACGGCACGCUCUGCAUGGACCUGAUCCAGGACAACUGGUCCCCGAUCUACUCGGUCUGCUCGAUCCUCAUCGCGAUCCGUUCGCUGCUGACGGACCCCAACUGCGCGAGCCCGGCCAACCCCGAGGCGGCGCACCUCUACCAGACGGACAAAAAGCAGUAUGGCCGGAGAGUGCGCCGCGUCGCAGAAAAGUCUGUGGGCGGCUGA